GAAGAAGUCGCUUGCGCAGACAACUGUGGAAUUUACUGAGGAAAAAGAAAACAUUAGCUUGCUGCUCUAAUAUUUCACCGAAAUACUGUCAACAAACGACAUCGACUGAACUAUGACGUAUAUUAAGGAGUGAGUGAGGUGUUUCAUACCCCUCCCUAAGGAUGGACAGUUAUUUUAAGGCUGCUGUGUGUGACCUGGACAAGCUGUUGGAUGACUUUGAACUCAAUGCAGAGGAGCUUGAUAACAAGCCAUCCACAUUUGCAAGUCCUUCAUGUCCGGACUCUGCACUUUUCACUGGUCAUCAUGUGGGCCUUCAGAUCUUCAAACCAGAGCAACACACAGUCUCACAAAUACUCCCAGAUGUCAAUGCACUGCACUAUGGACUGACAUCACAAAGUAUCACCUUAAACCAAAAAGAUUCUUACUCAAAUGAAAGGCCGCUCACAGGCGUGGACCUCCUGUCCUCUGUUGACAGUAGAGGUCUCAAAAUUUCUGCACCUCCUUGUCCAGACCGGUCUUUGAAACCUGUGUGUGACCUGGUGAAUGAUACGGGAUCUGCUAAGCUCCAGCAGGCCGAUAGUCAUGAAGACUUUAAAGAGCUGGAUGUUACUGAGACACAAGCUGAUGAGGAACUUCUAGUGGACUUUGAGAGUCCAGUUGUAUCUUUUCCAGGUGUUUCUGAGUCCAACUACGUUGAAAUGAAAAGUUCCUUCAGUUUGCUCGAUGUCAUAUUACCAGCAGCUUCAGACAAGAUUACAGAACCUCAGUAUGCUUCAAGUAACCUAACACAUUUAGUAAGCAUACAUACAGACAUCCAAAGUAGCAUUCUUGAAGACUCAAACACCGAUGACCCAAAUAGUGCUCCAUGUAGUCUAGAGAAUGAGGAAGUUGUUAGUAAUUCAGGUUCUCAUGCUACAGACAGUGAUAUUUUGGUAACCAAUGAAGAUCAUACUGUGUCAUUCCAGUCUGACUCAAUGGAUACUCAACCUUCUGAAAAUAACAAUGUCAAAAAUCUAGAUGAUUCGCCAGAUAGUCCCUCUUUGGAGAAGGAACCUUCUCUGUCAUGCUUGCCAAUUGCCGUAUCUACAUGUGGGUCUCUUGUGGCAUCUCUAGAACCUCAGGAGACAACUGUGCUUGAAACCAAAGAUGAGUCUGAACCGGAAGAAACCUCAGCCAUUCAGGAGCCUGAAGGGUUAAUUCUUCCGUUAGAAGAGCCCGUAGCUCCAUUUUCCCCCAUUAGGCCUGAUUCGUCACCUGAAGAUGAACCCGAGCUGGUCCAGAUCAUGUCUAACUCUGAAGGGGCUUUGGCUGUCUCGGGUCAUUACCCUAAAAGAAACUUUAAGCGGACCUUAUCCCCAACAGAGAAAAUCAUUUGUAGAGAUUCUUCUCCCUAUUCAGAGAGCCCGAAUUAUUCAUACGAGUUUGGAAUUGCCCACGAUUACCUUCAUGAAAGUGACCAGACCGGGAUGAUGGUAACAGACGAAGAACUCGAUGCCUUUUUAAUGGGUCAAGGUGUGAAAAUCAACUCCGACACAGCCACUGAAAAAUUCGUUGAUGAAGGUUUUACAGAAUAUAACGGAGAUGUGGAUGGAGACGCCUUUCUACAUAGACACAGAGAAUUGCAGAGCUGUAAAGUAGAGACGUUUGCUUCACCUGAGAGUGAUGGUUCGCUUCAAUAUUUGGAGGAGAGUGAAGGCUCAAAUAUUUCUUCUUCUCAGGAAAAUAGCCCGUUGAGAACAGACUCCACACAAACAGUUUGCCAGGAAAGCACAUCCAACCCUGUUGCAAUUCAGUCCGUUUGCUCCUCCAACCGAGAAUCACAUUAUGGAGGUGCAAGACCAAAGCAGUCCAACCAAACCAUACGACACAAAACCAGCCAAGCUGAAGCCGAUGUGAUUGGCCCAGAGACCGAGACCGUCUCUGAAGUUUCCACAGUGGUGCGGCCAACUCCCAACCAGGAUGAGAAUAACUCUAAUCACCCUUCUUAUCAGCAAAAUGAGAUCAAUUAUGGUAUCGAAGAGCUCUCGGAACCUCCGCCUUACCCUGGAGAGAUACUGGAGGAUGGGGAGCCAUCAGAUCAGCCAGGACUGGAAGCAGAUUGUUUGGGUUCAAAGCAGCCUCCAUGGGUCCCAGAUUCUGAAGCUCCCAACUGCAUGAAUUGUGAGCAAAAGUUUACCUUCACCAAGAGGAGACACCAUUGCCGGGCAUGUGGAAAAGUGUACUGUGCAGGCUGCUGUAACCGUAAAUGCAGACUGAAAUAUCUGGAGAAAGAGGCCAGAGUUUGUGUCAUCUGUCAUAUUACCAUACAGAGAGCUCAAGCCCAUGAGAGAAUGAUGAGCCCUACUGGGCCCAGUCCCAAUCCUAACAUCCCAUCAGAGUACUGCUCCACCAUACCGCCCAUGCAGCAGGCCCGUGCCGACGGCACCCUCAACUCUCCCCCACCCACCGUCAUGGUCCCCGUGUCUGUCCUCAAGCACCCCAGUAAUGACGGUUUUCCACGCGAACAGAAGCACGUGUGGUUUGCUGACGGUAUUCUGCCAAACGGUGAGGUUGCUGACACCACAAAACUCUCUGUACAGACCAGAAGAUCCUCUCAAGAGUUGAGUCCAGUGACACCAGACCCACCGGAGACUGAUGGUAAAUUACCUGGUGAGAGCGGUGAGGGUGUUCAGGGUGCUGGGGUCAGUUCCAACAGUCCUGCUGAGUUGAGCCGCCUGCCCGUCAGCGGCCCGUGGGACUACGCCCUGCUCUGUGGGGUAGGUAGCUGUGUGGAGCGAGGGGUCAGUCUGGUGCCUGAAGAUGAUGAAGGUCUUCCGCCGCUGCUCAUUACCACGGGAGAGGAGGAAGUUGGGGAUUUAUUAGUUGAGGAACGUCCUGCUGUUUGCCAGAUAUUGCUGCUAUUGGAGGAGGGAGGACCACGACCUUUGACCUUUGUGCUCAACGCCAAUUUACUGGUUAACGUCAAGCUCGUCACAUAUUGUGGGAGGAGGUGCUGGUGCUUGAGUUCUAAUGGUCUUCAGGGAGUGGGACAGAAGGAGCUGGUGUUUAUAAUUGAGUGUCUCCCAGAAGAAAACCGUCUGCCUAGAGAUGUUUUCAACCUCUGUGUUAGUAUAUAUCAGGAAGCACAGAAAGGGAGGUUCAUCGAUCACCUUGGCAACGUGACGUUCACUGACAGUUUUCUGGGCAGUAAAGAUCAUGGUGGCGUGUUGUUCUUCUCUCCCAGUUUUCAGCCGGAGGAUGGUUUGGCUCUGCCGCAGGUGUCUUUCCUCUGUGGGGUUUUGAUUCAGAAGCUCGAGGUUCCCUGGGCCAAAGUGUUUCCCCUCCGACUCCUGCUCACACUGGGGGCGCAAUACAAUGUGUAUCCCUGCCCAAUGGUGAGCGUGCGUUUCCGUGAGUCAGUAUUUAAAGAGACGGGACACACCAUCAUGAAUCUGCUCACUGACCUGAGGAACUACCAGUACAGUUUACCGGUGGUGGAUGGUCUAAGAGUACACAUGGAGAUGGGCAACAGCUAUAUCGACAUUCCCAAGUCCAGGUUCAGUGAGAUGCUGAAGGUGGUGAACUCCUCCAACGAGCAUGUGAUCAGUUUUGGCGCUUGUUUCAGCACCGAGGCAGAUUCUCACUUGGUUUGCAUGCAGAACGAGGACGGAAGCUACCAGACACAAGCCAACAGUAUACCAGGAAAAACCAGGACCGUGACUGGAGCAAGUUUUGUUGUUUUUAAUGGUGCUUUGAAAGCUUCAUCAGGAUUCAUUGCCAAAUGCAGCAUCGUGGAGGAUGGGUUAAUGGUGCAGAUUCCUCCCGAGACCAUGGAGGGCUUGCGGCAGGCGCUCCGAGACCAGACCGACUUCAAGAUCCCCUGUGGAAAGGUGGAUUCUGAAGAAACACGGGAAAAUGUGAAUGUACGCUGGGUCGACUGGACGGCACCAAUCAACACUGGAGUCUCCAGUCCAAUAGAUGGCAGAUCUCUGGAGGGCAUGUCCAGUGUGAAGAUCCAACAGGAUUCUGAGUUUGAGAUGGAUGGCAGGGUCAUCAGGUGUACGGAGGUCUUCUAUCUGUUGAAGUCCUCGGACGUCUCUUUGUCUGCUGUCCUCACAUCAUCAGCUCAGUUCCAGAUUGAGAUCGCCACCGCCAGCUGCGCAGCUCUCUGUCCGCACCUGUCUGUGCUCAUGGCCAUUGGAAUCAACUCCCUCGCACUUCGUGUCUCCACCGACUUGGACAUGGUUGAGUAUCAGGCUGGCUCUGGAUGCCGCCUCCUGCCUCAGAAGUAUAUGAAUGAUCUGGACGGGGCCCUGAUUCCUGUCAUUCAUGGAGGAAGCUCCUGUGUCCCCCGCCAGGCCAUGGACAUGGAGUUCUUCUUCUACAUCACUCAGUGCAUUUGAUGCUGGUGACUUAUAAACUUUCUUUCCAUAAGCAGUCAAGGGACAUUUAUGAACGAGACCAGUGAAUCGCUUAUGAGUGGAGACGGGCCCAUAUAUGAUCAUCUGUCUGUGUGAUCUGAAGAGGUAUGGACACUUUGAUGCAUUUUAAAGGAAAUAAAAAGCACUUCACAGAAGUGGAACUAUUAAAGAGAUCGUGGUGCUUUAGAGUAAGAGGUCUUGUAUUGGCAUAAAAACGAAAUGCGCAAGACGUCAUACUUUUGCUGUGCAUCUUCGGUUGUGUAUGCUGGCCAAUGAAUGUUAGUUUGAACCAUAGGGAAUUGUUUUUAUGUGACUGUGAUGUCAUAUAUACCAAGAAUUAUAACCAUUACUUGAUCGUGCGCAGAAAAACAGCUCGUGAUGCACUAGGUUUUAAGUCCUGAGCAGGUUUUUCCAUCCGUCAUAAUUUAUCGUCACCAAAUGAAGUCGCUUCAUGUGGGCCGAUGAAGCCAUAUGAAGAUUUGUGUACUGAUUAUUGUACUUCCUAAGUACAGCAUCUUAUGGUUAGUCAUUUUUCUUAUUUGUAAAAUGCAUAAAGGGUAAGAUACACCUUUUGUUUGCUUGUUUAAAUCAUAGAUGAAAUCAUCUGUUAAUUCGAUUUAAGCAUUUUUUAAGCUUAAAUUCUAUUUUUGGAACGGUUUCACAUGGUGACUAAAGGUGAUAUUUUUGAUAGGGCAUUUAAAUAUUACUUUAAACAUCUGCAUUUACAGCCCCAGUUGAGUUUAUUCUGCAGUCGAGUAUAGAUUGAUGUCAUGCAUUUGGAAAAAUAGUUGGAUGUAAGUUUCAAACAGCAUAUAGUACAGUACAGAAUAAGACGAAAAGACUGUUCAGCAUUAACAUUUAUAUAUUUAUUCACACUGUACUGCAUUGAUUGAAUACCUGGAUGUUGUCGAGAAAAAAUCCAGGUCAUAUUUCAUCCCAAAAUCAAAAGACAAAGUGAUGAAAUUACAUUUUGCAUUAAAAAUAAUUCAAUAAAUCUCGUUUUUUUAGUCCGACAAGAUUUAUUUUGCUUUGAUGCAGUACUUGCUGUAUACACCCCUUUAUUCUCAUUUCUCUAGUCCAAUUGUAAGUAACAUUGUAAGUGUUGUUGAAUUUAAUUCGAAUUUGAAUCAAAUACAAAUAAUUGUGUAUGUAUAGGUUAGAACUUGGGGGUUUAAAUGUGCAUAAUUAUCAUAAAAAUAAUGUUACAAUGCAAAAAAAAAAUCUUAAUGGGCCUAAAAUAAACUGUUUUAUUUAAGCAAAAUAUAUAUAUAUAUGUGAAAUUGACCUAUUAGUUUAUAACCAACCCCAUCUAUUAACACCACAAAUGUGUGUUGUGUGACCAGCAGGAUAUUUAAAGGUUUUAGAACCCUUGAAAGUGAACAACGUGGACUGAAAUGAUUUUCUCUCAACACACCUGAACGCUUAAUCUCCAUGUUUGUUUUUCUUUGUUUAGUUUUUUAUUAGUAGUGCUUGCGGAGCAAUAUUAUAUUAUUAUUCCUAAAAUUUGGUCAAACCAUAAAGCCAAUUAUUGAGGCGGCCAAAUACUAUAUGUACACUAUACUCCAGGCAUUAAAGUAUCUAUACGUGUUUGUAACUUUGUAAAUUUGACAGAUUUCAGAAUCGUUUGAAAAUGCCUUCCUAUGCUGGAUGAUAUUUCUGAACUUUAGUAGCAGUUUUCUCAAUGCAAUAAAAAAAGUGAACCUUUAUUUACAGUUUAUUCACUAAUAACUGUGCAGUUCUGCAUUUCCAAAUCAGCCUAAAAAUUACCUUGAAAAUGCAUAAUGUUUUUUUUUUUUUCAUGCAAAUUAUAGUUAUGUUGCUUACGUUUCUGAAAUCAUAAAUUACGUGCUGCAACUAAAUGGAAGUCUAAAUUCAUUAAUUUAGAAAGUUCACUUUUCCUGGUCAAAUUAAAGACCGGACGAGUGAUUGUUUCGUACUUUUAUUUAGGCUUUUUUUCUUCGUAGUGAUGAAACACAACAUAAACAGUGAUGCAUCAGCUUAUGAUAUAUUGUCUCACUUAUUCAAAUAACCUGAAGGCUUCUAUACUUGUGUCACAAACCAAUUACAAAUAUGUAACAAAUACAAAUGUACUUAAAAUACAGAUGAUUGUUGUGGGAGGAUUGAGAUUAAAUGUCUGUGAAAUAAGUUUAGCAUUUUAUAAACAUCUCAGAUCUGCUUCCAUAUAUUUGGGCUUAGUGGAAUAUUUUGGAAGUUAAAUUAUUUUCUCACUGUUACUGAUUAAUUAAAAUCAUCACAAAAGUAUUUUUAUGCUUUUAAGCUCUUAAUAUGUACCAAUUUGCAUAAUGUAUAUCUAUUUAUUCAUGAAAAACAGAUUUAUUUGAGGAAUUAUCUGGUAUUGGACCUACAUAUGUUCUACAAAACAACAUUCAUUUCUAAUAUGUAUCUCAUGUACAAUAAAAUUUUGAUA